AGGAAAGGCUCCGCCCCCAUCACCAUGACAGCAGCGUUGCCACGGAAUGCUGCCCCCCUGUCUGUGCCUGGCCUGUUGCUCCUCCCCCUGCUUCUGCUGCCCCUCCCCAUCGCACUGUCCCAGAAACCCAUGCUGCCCUCCCCACCCGCACCCACGCCCGCCCCCCAGUACCUAUCCCGGCCGGAGUGUACCCGGAGAGAACACCCUGUGGUCACCUUCCAAGCCCUGAGUCCUUGGAUCACUAUAUUCUCCCACCCGGAUGUGAGAGACUACUCUCAACUGACCCUUGACCUGACCAGGAAUGAGUUGAUAGUGGGGGCAAGAAACUUCCUCUUCAGAUUGAGCCUCAACAAUGUGUCUCUCAUCCAGGCAACGGAAUGGGGCCCGGACGAUGACACCAGGAGGUCCUGUCAGAGCAAAGGGAAGACGGAGGUGGAGUGUCAGAACUACAUCCGCGUCCUGCUGGUCAAUAAGACUGAGGUCAUCACCUGUGGAACCAACGCCUUCCAGCCCCUCUGUAUCACCCGGGAGGUUGGGAAUAUGAGUAGUGUGUUGGAUCGCGUGAACGGCGUGGCAAGGUGCCCCUACGACCCUCGCCAUAACUCCACGGCGGUGGUGACGGAGAGCGGCGAGCUAUACGCCGCCACGGUCAUCGACUUCUCUGGUCGCGACCCUGUCAUCUACCGGAGCCUCGGGGGCAUGCCACCCCUCAGGACGGCCCAGUACAACUCCAAGUGGCUCAAUGAGCCCCAUUUCAUCUCAGCCUAUGAUGUGGGUCUCUUCACAUUCUUCUUCCUGCGUGAGAACGCUGUGGAACACGACUGUGGGAAGACCGUCUACUCCCGGGUGGCCCGUGUCUGUAAGAACGACAUCGGAGGGCGGUUCCUACUGGAAGACACCUGGACCACCUUCAUGAAGGCCAGGCUGAACUGCUCGCGCUCCGGAGAGAUCCCCUUCUACUAUAACGAGCUGCAGAGCACCUUCUAUCUGCCUGAACAAGACCUCAUCUACGGGAUAUUCACCACCAAUGUGAACAGUAUAGCAGCAUCUGCAGUGUGUGCGUUUAACCUCAGCUCCAUCACCCAGGCCUUCAACGGUCCCUUCCGUUCCCAGGAGAACCCCCGCUCUACCUGGCUGCCCACCCCCAACCCCAUCCCAAACUUUCAGUGUGGUACCAUAGAUGAUGACGGCGGUCCUAACGAUGGUCUGACGGAGCGCAGCCUCCAGGACGCCCAGCGGCUGUACCUGAUGAACGACGUGGUGCAGCCCGUCUCUGUGGACCCCUUGGUCAUGCAGGAUGACGUGCGCUUCUCCAGACUGGUGGUGGACAUUGUACAGGGUCACGACACACUCUACCAUGUCAUGUACAUCGGCACAGAGUACGGCACCAUCCUGAAGGCUCUUGCGACCACCAAUAAGAGCCUUCAAGGGUGUUACCUGGAGGAAAUCCAGCUCUUCCCCGCUGGGGUGCAGGAGCCAAUCCUGAGCCUGCAGAUCCUUCAAAGUGAUAGGUCACUGUUCGUAGGACUCAACAACAGAGUUCUGAAGAUCCCUCUGGAGAGAUGCUCCAACUACAAGACUGAGAUGCUAUGCCUGGAGGCCAGGGACCCAUACUGUGGCUGGGACAGGAAACAGAAGCGAUGCACCACCCUGGAGGAUAGCUCUAACAUGAGCCAGUGGAGUCAGAACAUCACUGUGUGUCCGCUGAGGAACCAGAUCACCAUUGGUGGCUUUGGACCCUGGGCAGCGUGGCAACAAUGCAGCAACGACGACGGCGAAGGCACCAGCACCUGUCUGUGUCGCUCCAGGGAGUGUGACAACCCUCCAGCUCGCUGUGGCGGGAGGAACUGUGAGGGGCCCACCAUCGAAGUCUCCAACUGUUCCAGAAACGGAGGCUGGACCCCCUGGUCGUCAUGGGGACAGUGCAGCACCACCUGUGGAACGGGGUUUGAGAUGCGCCAGCGCACCUGCAACAACCCAUCACCCCGUCACGGUGGUCGGGUGUGUGUGGGCCCCGUCAGGGACGAAAGGUUCUGUAACGAGGGUGUGUCAUGUCCCCAGCCUAUCUUCUGGUCCCCGUGGGGUUCCUGGACUAAGUGCAGUGCUGAGUGUGGAGGUGGGGUCCACUCCAGGGUCAGGAGCUGUGAGAAUGGGAACAGCUGCCCAGGCUGCGCACUGGAGUACAAGGCGUGUAACCUGGAGGCGUGUCCAGAGGUAAAGAGGAACACCCCCUGGACCCCGUGGAUGCCCAUCAACGUGACCCAGGGCGGGGCACGCCAGGAGCAGAGGAUGCGCUACAUGUGCCGCGCCCAGCUGGCAGACCCCCACGAGCUGCAGAUCGGACGACGCAAGGUAGAGACCCGCUUCUGCCCCAAUGACGGCACGGUUGCCUGCGAGACCGACACUCUAGUGGAGGACCUCCUGAGGACCCCUGUGGUACGAGUGGCAGGCUCCGACUGGUCAUCAUGGGAGACGUGGUCCGCCUGCUCCCAGGACUGUGCCAAAGGGUACCGCACCCGCAAGCGCACCUGCACCACCCCAGAGGGCAAGGCUGCCCCGCCAGCCUGCAGGGGCUCACCCGUGGAGUACCAGGACUGCAACUCUCAGGCCUGUCACGUGAGUGGAGCCUGGUCGUGUUGGUCGUCCUGGUCUCAGUGUUCAGUGCCCUGUGGUGGAGGGCACUACCAGCGUACCCGCUCCUGUAACAACCCCAGCCCUGGCAACGGAGGAGAUAUCUGUAUUGGCCUACACACUGAGGAAGCGCUGUGCAACACACACACCUGUGACGGCGGCUGGAUGGCCUGGUCUCUGUGGUCAGUGUGUGACAAUGCAGGGCUGCAGGUACGCAGCAGGGUCUGUGGAGCUCAAGGCUCCGCCCCCUGUGUGGGAAACAGCACCGAGCACAGGGACUGCAAUGAGAUCCCAGUGAUUCUCCCUGCAUCUGGCUUUGAUAAGGACCAACAAUGCGGAGCAUUCACCUCGCUGCACCUGAUAGCCACAGGCGUGUCCUGUUUCCUGGGGGCGGGCCUUCUGUCCUUUCUGGCCUACGUGUACAGCCAGCGCUUCCACAAGCCCUUGCAGGAGUCCGCCGUCAUACACCCCACCACGCCCAACCACCUCAACUACAAGGGCAACACUACACCAAAGAACGAGAAGUACACGCCCAUGGAGUUCAAGACCCUGAACAAGAAUAACCUGCUCCCAGAUGAGAGGUCUAACUUCUACCCAACGCCCCUGCAGCAGACUAACAUGUACACCACCACCUACUACCCCACAGCGCUGGGCAAAUAUGACUACAACAGGCCUGACUCCUCCCCUUCCCCCUGCAGGACCUAUAACAACAGCUGAGACACCACCCCCACCCCCAUGGCCCCCGGCCCCGCCCACCCAGACUGAACUGAACUCCACCCCGAUCACCAUGGUGACAGAUGGCAUGGUGACUGAACCCAUCCUCUGACCUGGAACUAAUUUUUUCUCCCCUCUCCUUUAUCCCAUGGUAUCUCCCAAAUGGGGGGGGGGGGGGGGGUGUAAGGGUAUACCUGGAACAUACCAUGGUAUACCUGGAACAUACCACUCUGUAGAGGUGCUGAUGCCUCCAUUAGACUCGCUAAGUAGAGCCAGGAAUUUGAUCAUAGUUUGUGGUGUAUUUUGGUGGGUGUGAGUGAGUACUGGACUCACACAUUUGGGGGGUGUGAGUGAGUACUGGACAUCACAGUGUCAACGUAGUGGAGAGAUAAAUGAUGAACUCUAUAAGACACUAUAAGCUACAGUAUGGAGUUGGAGAACUACUUAUCCCUGUGGAACUUGACAACCUGAGCGCCUUACUGUAGGUGUUGUGUUGCUAUCCAGAGAGGCUAGAGUUGGCCUUAGGAGAAAACUCAAAUGGCUGCCACCUCUCUUCCCUGGUCUGUCUGGUCACCUCUAUGAUUGAGUCUCUUUUUUAAUUUAAUUUCUUUUUUUUACUCCCUUUUUCAAUCUUGUCUCAUCGCUGCAACUCCCCAACGGGCUCGGGAGAGGCAAAGGUUGAGUCAUGCAGCCUCCAAAACAUGACCAGCCUAACUGCUCUCCUUAACACCCCCGCCAGCUUAACCCAGGGGCCAGCCACACCAAUGUGUCAGAGGAAACACUGUUCAACUGGCGAACGGGGUCAGCCUGCGGGAACCUGGCCUGCCACAAGGAGUCGCUAGAGCCGAUGAGCCAAGUAAAGCCCCACCCUUCCCUAACCCGGAUGACGCUGGGCCAAUUGUGCGCCGUCCUAUGGGACUCCCGGGCCAUGGCUAGUUGUGGCACAGCCCGGGAAUGAACCCGGGUCUGUAGUAACGCCUCUAGCCUCAAUGCAGUGACUUAGAUCGCUGCGCCACUUGGGAGGCCUAUGAAUGAAUUUCUAUGACACCAACAUCCCCUUGGUCUGCAGCAUCCAUACCCAUGAUGAACACCUAAUUCUCCCAACAACAAAAGCAGUUACCCAGAACAACCCUACCAGUGCAUAUCAUUGUGUCUGUCCUUCAGUAUGGUGGAUGCGAAUCGGGAGGGAACAAAAAAAAGAACUAAAUUAAUUCAAGAGAUGAAGAGAUCAAUACCAGUUCUAUUGUGUUUGGAGGUGGAUGGAUGCACUCAGGUCACCUCGCCUCAUCAAAUGACACGAGGAGGACAAGUACCUGGGACUUCAGCUCUGCUGUGGCGCCAUGUUUUUGGGUGGUACUAUGGGACCAGGGGAACACAGGCACAUCCAGGAAUGGCAGCGUGUGAUCUGUUAUAGGAAAAGUGCCUACACUAGACCACAUAGAUACAGACAUACUCACUGCUGGAGAGAAUUUCUCUAUCUGCUUAUGUCCAAACAAGGCCCACACCUCAGGCUGGCUGUGUUAUGUACUGUAUCGGUAUGUUCACAAAGGCAAUGUUUCCCAGGGAAUUAUCUGAACAUGGGCUAGAGAGAUGAGGUGUCUGACUGAAAUAGAGUUGGAAUCAUCCAGCUUUGGGUAUACAGUAGAGAGGAUCAUGUGGGGUCAAAUUUGACUUUCUAUUACUUCUUUUUUAUGAUGAUAUAAAGACUUUUGGAAGGAAUUCCCUUGCUUCUAGAAUGAAAUGGAUGUAUUCUACUGAGUACUAUACCUACCUACCGCUCAGUGGUCAUAUUAAAUAUGGCCAGUGUGCAGAACUGGACUUUAACCGAUUUUAUAUGAUAUCAUACAAGGUGGGAUAAAAAGAUAGUAGUGGGGCAUUUUUUUAUGAGGGUGAUUUGUUUGAGGUUCAAGAGAGCAGUAGGAUAGGAGGAAAUGUUUUAUUUCACAAAUAAGGGAUAGCUGAUUCACUUUUGAGUUUCUCAUCGGUUUCACACCACAGCAUAUUUAAAAAAUCACAGCCGCUUAGUAGCCAAUACGUGUCUGACAAAUUAAAGGAGAAUUUUGAUUUAUUACAACCACGUCUGUAUUUUUGGUGGCAUGUUAUAGAAGGGUCCAGACCUUUUUUGUUGUUGUUGCAACUUCACUUGUUUUUGAGAAACAUACCCCAACCAGCGAGUCACUUCUUCAUCCUCGUUGUGCAAUACAGGAGCUCUGAAAAAACAUGAACCAACGCUCCAAAAACACUCAAAUCCUUUUAGAAACGGAAAACCUUCAGUACAGUGAUGCAGGUCUUUAGAUGUUGUACACAUGAAAUUGUGUCAUUCCGAACUUUAUCCGCAACAUUAUAUUCCAUUUUGUGCAACUCUAGCUGUUUCCCUUAUCCAGCUGUUCCACUCUCCUAGUGGCCUGCUGCUACCUGCAUCACUAUACUGAGAUGGUUUCUGUUUCCCUUAUCCAGCUGUUCCACUCUCCUAGUGGCCUGCUGCUACCUGCAUCACUAUACUGAGAUGGUUUCUGUUUCCCUUAUCCAGCUGUUCCACUCUCCUAGUGGCCUGCUGCUACCUGCAUCACUAUACUGAGAUGGUUUCUGUUUCCCUUAUCCAGCUGUUCCACUCUCCUAGUGGCCUGCUGCUACCUGCAUCACUAUACUGAGAUGGUUUCUGUUUCCCUUAUCCAGCUGUUCCACUCUCCUAGUGGCCUGCUGCUACCUGCAUCACUAUACUGAGAUGGUUUCUGUUUCCCUUAUCCAGCUGUUCCACUCUCCUAGUGGCCUGCUGCUACCUGCAUCACUAUACUGAGAUGGUUUCUGUUUCCCUUAUCCAGCUGUUCCACUCUCCUAGUGGCCUGCUGCUACCUGCAUCACUAUACUGAGAUGGUUUCUGUUUCCCUUAUCCAGCUGUUCCACUCUCCUAGUGGCCUGCUGCUACCUGCAUCACUAUACUGAGAUGGUUUCUGUUUCCCUUAUCCAGCUGUUCCACUCUCCUAGUGGCCUGCUGCUACCUGCAUCACUAUACUGAGAUGGUUUCUGUUUCCCUUAUCCAGCUGUUCCACUCUCCUAGUGGCCUGCUGCUACCUGCAUCACUAUACUGAGAUGGUUUCUGUUUCCCUUAUCCAGCUGUUCCACUCUCCUAGUGGCCUGCUGCUACCUGCAUCACUAUACUGAGAUGGUUUCUGUUUCCCUUAUCCAGCUGUUCCACUCUCCUAGUGGCCUGCUGCUACCUGCAUCACUAUACUGAGAUGGUUUCUGUUUCCCUUAUCCAGCUGUUCCACUCUCCUAGUGGCCUGCUGCUACCUGCAUCACUAUACUGAGAUGGUUUCUGUUUCCCUUAUCCAGCUGUUCCACUCUCCUAGUGGCCUGCUGCUACCUGCAUCACUAUACUGAGAUGGUUUCUGUUUCCCUUAUCCAGCUGUUCCACUCUCCUAGUGGCCUGCUGCUACCUGCAUCACUAUACUGAGAUGGUUUCUGUUUCCCUUAUCCAGCUGUUCCACUCUCCUAGUGGCCUGCUGCUACCUGCAUCACUAUACUGAGAUGGUUUCUGUUUCCCUUAUCCAGCUGUUCCACUCUCCUAGUGGCCUGCUGCUACCUGCAUCACUAUACUGAGAUGGUUUCUGUUUCCCUUAUCCAGCUGUUCCACUCUCCUAGUGGCCUGCUGCUACCUGCAUCACUAUACUGAGAUGGUUUCUGUUUCCCUUAUCCAGCUGUUCCACUCUCCUAGUGGCCUGCUGCUACCUGCAUCACUAUACUGAGAUGGUUUCUGUUUCCCUUAUCCAGCUGUUCCACUCUCCUAGUGGCCUGCUGCUACCUGCAUCACUAUACUGAGAUGGUUUCUGUUUCCCUUAUCCAGCUGUUCCACUCUCCUAGUGGCCUGCUGCUACCUGCAUCACUAUACUGAGAUGGUUUCUGUUUCCCUUAUCCAGCUGUUCCACUCUCCUAGUGGCCUGCUGCUACCUGCAUCACUAUACUGAGAUGGUUUCUGUUUCCCUUAUCCAGCUGUUCCACUCUCCUAGUGGCCUGCUGCUACCUGCAUCACUAUACUGAGAUGGUUUCUGUUUCCCUUAUCCAGCUGUUCCACUCUCCUAGUGGCCUGCUGCUACCUGCAUCACUAUACUGAGAUGGUUUCUGUUUCCCUUAUCCAGCUGUUCCACUCUCCUAGUGGCCUGCUGCUACCUGCAUCACUAUACUGAGAUGGUUUCUGUUUCCCUUAUCCAGCUGUUCCACUCUCCUAGUGGCCUGCUGCUACCUGCAUCACUAUACUGAGAUGGUUUCUGUUUCCCUUAUCCAGCUGUUCCACUCUCCUAGUGGCCUGCUGCUACCUGCAUCACUAUACUGAGAUGGUUUCUGUUUCCCUUAUCCAGCUGUUCCACUCUCCUAGUGGCCUGCUGCUACCUGCAUCACUAUACUGAGAUGGUUUCUGUUUCCCUUAUCCAGCUGUUCCACUCUCCUAGUGGCCUGCUGCUACCUGCAUCACUAUACUGAGAUGGUUUCUGUUUCCCUUAUCCAGCUGUUCCACUCUCCUAGUGGCCUGCUGCUACUGCACAACGAGGAUGAGGAAAUUACUUGCUGGUUGGGGUAAGUUAAUAAAAAAUAAAAAAAAGUGAAAUUGCAAAAAUAAGUGUCUGGACCCUUGUAUAAUACUCCAAUUCAGUACAUAAAAAAUAGAGAUUUGGUUGUAAAAACACACACUAUUCUCCUUUAAGAUUUUACAACAAAAAAAUAAUGUAGAAGCAAAUAUUCAGUCUGACUGUAGCGAAUAUCAAUGUGUCCCUCUCUUUACAAUGCUAAAUCAUGCUUAGAAAUGCUUUGGUAUGAGAUUGUUGUGUGUGUGCGUGUUUGCGUGUGUGUGUGUGGUCGCGCAUGUUUGCGUGUGUGUGCAUAUGUUUGCGUGUGAGUGUGUAUGUUUGCUUGCUUCGUAUGUGUAUGCCUGUGAGAGUGAAUGAGGAGAGGAACAGACAACUGUAUGUAUUUUGUACAAUGUAAAUGUAAUUCUUUCUUACAUAUGACUGUGUAUAUAAUGGGAUCUGUAAAGGGGUAUGUGCAUUUUUUCCACACAUUAUGAUGAUAGCACUCCUAAUGUUCCACUGGGUUUCUAGAUGUUCCAUGUAUAAGAUGAUAAUCAUUGUAAAUUAACGAGAGCUGCGCAGUUCUCAUAAGGAAACACUAUUUAUAGUGAAGCUUGGAUCAUAAAGGGCAUUUCAGAAACAGAACUGAGCUAUAUUUUAUUAUUAUGCCCGCUGUUAAAAUGAAUGCUAAUUUAGCAGCAAUGCUUUCAGUUCCACUCAUAGAAAUGGUAUGAUUCUAUUCUAUCAUUCUAAUUCUAUAGUUCCGUUAUAUGCACGAGAGCUCUAUCUGUACAUAAGAGACAGCCUUCGAUCUGCAGAGCAUUAAUGACAUCUAAAGGUUAGUAUAAUGUAAAUGUAUAUUGUUGUAUAGCUAACACUGUUUAAAAAAUAAAAAAGCCUUAGUUGUAAAAAAAAUAUAUAAGUGCAGCAGCUAUGUACUCACCAACCAUGGGGUUUGUAAGGGGAUAGAGUUUGUCAAUGUGACUGGUUGACUACGGCCUGGACAACUUCUCCAGCUGUUUUGUAACUUUCUAUAGAUGUACAGUUUGUCCAGAUCCUAUGUAGAAUCUUAAUCCCCGUUUAUACCUGGUGCUAACAUACAUGCCUUGUCCUGAUUGUGUCCACAUCCUGAUUGUGCCAACAUAUGCUGACAGGUAUAGACGAUCAAAAGACACAUUAUGAUCUGAUUGUGAUUAGAUCUUACUGACCACCUCUGGAGGUAGUCGGGGACUCAUUCUGUCUGGAUAUCUCACAAGUCUCUGGACAGUGAAACCAUUUAAAUCAUAAUUAUAUUGCCUUCUAAAAUAAUUGACAUGUGUCUUAAAAUAAAUAAAUAAAUAUUAUUUUGAAAGAAAUCCAUCAAAUAAUUGUCAUACAGUGAGGGACCAUGAAAUCUGGUCACAGUGCGGACACGGUGGAUUAAUAAAUAUGAAUAUGAAUAAUAUUCAUCCACCGUGAUACGGAUUUAGUUUUUUUACAAAAAAUGUUCACCAGGUAUAAAUAAGGCUUUAGAGUAACAAAGACAGCCUGUCCUUUUAGAAGCACUCAUGCCAUAUUAAUACAAAAUCAAUGUCACCACAACAGUUUAAAAAACAUAAACAUUUUAAAUGAACAAGAACAAGACACAGAAAAUGGUGAGUAGUGUAUAGUAACAGUAUUACGAUAAUCCAUUGACUAGAUCAAAGUAAUUCAGCUGUUUAGAGGAUUUACAGAAACCCCUCCACCCAGUGGUUUUCCUUUUCCCCACUUGCCUGACCCACAUUUUUUGGUUUGUGAUUGGCUCCCACUAAAUGAUGACUCCCUUUGAUUGGCUUCCCCUGGCCCUGUAGUAAUCUUUGAUUGGGCAAGCUGGAUGUCACAUUGUGAAUCUUUGUCCCCUGAUUGGCUCGGUGCCCUUCUAUGCAACUGACCUGGUGGUACUAUUAGAUAUGUGAUGUAGACUGUAAUCACUGCCUUUUAGACACUGUGAAUUUUUUGGUACUCUAUAUUUUUGUAUAUUGUACAUUAUAAAGGAUAAUA